AUGUGGAACUUUCUCGAAGCGUCUUCGCAAAAGGUACACAUAGCUGGGUACCUUGCUUUAACUUUAAGCACCAUGUUAAUUUUACAAGAGCAGCUUCAAGCCAUCAUCCUCUGCGAAUGGCCACCACAGGAGUCCACUACACCAUGGAGGAAGGGGACAACUACCAUUAGGACUGUUCAUCGCUGUUGUGCUCGCUUCGCAAGAGGCAACGCGAUCUCUGAAAACAAACCCCGAUUGGAACGCCCACGUCCCGACACUGCGGAAGACUUCGUCGUUCUCGACAUUUUCAGAGAGGAUCCAGAGGGUAACAUUUAUAGUCCUGGGAUGAGACUCUGCUGUAGCCAACCACCAAUGCUCAGCCGCCUUUAG